GAGGGCCCGUGGCUCGGCUCGCGGCGCCAGCGCGCCGCACCUCGGAUCUGGUUCCCCAGGGGCGCCCUCCCGAGCCGGGCCCAGCCUGGCCCCGCAGCGCCCUCCCCCGGAUCGGCGAUUUCCCGCCCGGCCAGGUCAGGUCUGCGCCGCCGCGCCCCGCCUGCUUCCGCCUUCCGGCCGGUCCUGGACUCUGCCCUGCGCGCAUGUGCCCGGUCCGUCAUGGCUCCGCUCCGUUUCUCGGCCAACGUGUCGUGGCUGUUCCCCGAGCUCCCCGGGCUCCCCGCGCGGCUCCGGGCGGCCGGCAGCUCGGGCUUCGAGGCCGCCGAGGUGGCCUGGCCGUACGCGGAGCCGCCCGAGGCACUGGCGCGCGCGGCGCGGGAAGCGGGGCUGCGGCUGGUGCUGAUCAACACGCCCCCUGGUGCGCCGCGGGGUCGCAGCGGGGGGUUCCGGGAGGCCCGGGAACGCGAGCCGGGUCUGAGGCCUGUUCUCUCCGCAGGAGACCGGGAGAAAGGGGAAAUGGGGCUGGGGGCCGUUCCUGGGAGGCAAGCGGCCUUCCGAGAGGGGCUGGAACAGGCAGUGCUGUACGCCAAGGCUCUGGGCUGUCCCAGGAUUCACCUGAUGGCUGGCCGAGUGCCCCAGGGAGCUGACCGAGCAGCAGUCAGGAGUGAAAUGGAGACCGUUUUUCUGGAGAACCUGAGGCACGCAGCUGGAGUUUUGGCUCAGGAGAGCCUCGUGGGACUGCUGGAGCCCAUCAACACCCGCAUCACCGACCCCCAGUACUUCCUGGACACCCCCCAGCAGGCGGCAGCCAUCUUACAGAAGGUCGGAAGACCCAACCUCCAGUUACAGAUGGACCUAUUCCACUGGCAGAUCAUGGACGGGAACCUGACAGGGAAUAUACGGGAGUUCCUGCCCCUCGUUGGGCAUGUGCAGGUGGCACAGGUCCCAGGCCGGGGGGAGCCUGACAGCCCCGGCGAGCUGAACUUCCCCUAUCUGUUCCAACUGCUGGAGGAUGAAGGCUACGAGGGCUUUGUGGGCUGCGAGUACCGGCCUCAAGGAGACACAGCAGAGGGCUUGAGUUGGCUUCGUGCAUACUGGGACAGGCGGGGCCACCCUCAGGCUGGCCAGUGAAGGCCCCGCCCUGCACCCCCCCCCCCCGUGCCUCUGGGGGACAGGGCCCAGGGCGGCCUGCAUCUCCUGCAUUAAAGACCACCUGCCGAACAUU